GAGAUCUGUACUGGGAGUUUUGGCAACACGGAAAGGGGCACGGGAGAGAAGGACACCACGCGAGGUCGAGGUCGGACGUGUGUAGUGCGAGUGCGUGUCGAGUGCGACGAGUGCGGACAGAAGAAAGCUCGGAAUAAAGAAGUGUUAAAUAUUGGCAAACGGUGUUCAUCAUUACAACGAGAGAAACAUAACAUUUGGCGACGACUGGAAAAUCAGAGGAAGGCGUGCGAAAAAGAAUUUUCGUCGUGCGACAAAGGAUCGGAACGCUGGGAUUACGCCCUGAGGCCAUUUUGGGCUGGCUAGCUGGAAGAAGGAUGGAAAACAGCCGAAUCAAACCGUUUGACGUGAACAUCGAGGCAAGUCUACUGCCGGCUGAGUGGGACACCUGGAGACAAGACUUGGAAUCGUACUUCGUCGUACAUAAGAUCAAAACCCAGCGAGACAAACGGGCGUAUCUUGUCUAUUUGGGUGGUCCUGGUUUGCAAGGUCUGCUCAAGUUGUUGCCAGCAGCGGACAAGGUACCGCACGUGAGCCGUGACCCACCUUUCUACGAUGUGGCCGUCCAGGUUCUUACGGAUCACUUUGAACCGUUUCGGCGUAAAACUUACGAACGCCAUCUUUCCCAUAAACUGGAACAAAAACCUGGCGAACGGUUUGCUGAUUUUGUAAUGCGACUUCGGAAGCAGAUUGCACGGUGCGGCUACUCGGCAAAACAUGCAGACGAACUUAUCGCCGACCGGAUUACUGCUGGAUGCCACUCAGAUGAUCUGCGCAAUAAAUUGUUGCAGCAGGAUCGGUCGUUGAAGGAAAUCCUUGCUAUGGGAAGCAGCACCGAAGAGGUUGGCAAGCAUUCGAAGAAAUGGACAAAUGAGGUACGGCCGGCUGUGGUUCCUGACGUCUUCAAAAUCGGCGCGCGGCCGUUGGGAAGGGAGAAGUUUCAGCAGAAGUCGUUCCGCGAACGGAACGCAUCGGCGCCACGACCAGAACACCAACGAUACCUGCAGGGACCGGGCCACGGGCAAAAUACUUCACGACCAGGACAACAACGCCUCCAGCAAGUUCCGGGACAACAACGAAUUCCGCAGGGUCCGGCCCACUGGCAGAACGUUUCGCACCCCAACCGGAUGGCUCAACCGACGUGCCAUCGCUGUGGCUAUUUUGGACAUACGCGUGGGGACGAACAGUGCCCGGCUUUCAAUGAUACGUGCGGCCUCUGCGGAAGAGUAGGGCACUGGGCAGUUCGUUGUUUCAGUCGAACUCGAGCUAAGAAACGGAGUCAUGAGGAAGCAAGCGACCGGGCGGACACCAAACGGAUUCGUGCAGUUACUGAUGAGACAGAGAACCGUGAAUCAAAGGAUUACGUUUUCUACGCUAUGGGCCGGAACGUUUUCACCUUCCAAGUGGGCGGAGUCGAGAUUCCGAUGAUCAUCGAUUCUGGUGCCGAUGCCAACAUAAUUUCGCAGACGGUUUGGGAGCAGAUGAAGAAAGCUGACGUCAACGCGCUGAACGAAACCAUCGAAGUCGACCGCAUGCUGACCAGCUAUGCCGUGAAGGAGCCGAUGGACAUAAUUGGAAUGUUCAGUGCGGAGAUCGUGGCAGGACCGAACCGAUCUUUUGCCAAGUUUUACGUCGUGAAGGGUGGACAACAGUGCCUCCUCGGAGACUACACGGCUAAAGACUUGAAGGUUCUUAAGGUGGGCUUUGAUGUUGGCGCAGUCGAAGGAACUCAAGGCAAAGCUUUUCCCAAAAUGCGAGAUGUGUUGGUGGAGAUUCCUAUUGACCCAAACGUACAACCGGUGCAACAGCCGUAUCGCAGGCCGCCAAUUGCACUGGAGGAGAAAAUCGAGGCAAAGCUGAAGUCACUCCUGGACAAGGACAUCAUCGAGCCAGUUAAGGGUCCAUCAUCAUGGGUGUCUCCAAUAGUGCCCGUGAUCAAAGACAACGGGGACAUACGUCUGUGUGUCGACAUGAGGCGAGCUAACCAGGCUGUCAUCCGGGAAACUCACCCACUACCACUGGUGGACGAACUUCUGGCUUCGGUAGAUGGGGCAGUGCGGUUUUCUAAAAUUGAUAUUAAAGACGCCUACCACCAGAUCGAGAUAUCGGAGCGAUCGCGUCCGAUUACAACGUUCUUGACCAAAAAGGGACUCUACAGGUAGACAAUUUGUA